AUGUCCGGGUUGCAUUUCUUUUGGUCCCGGAGAAAGUUGCACAGGUUAACUCGGUCCGACUCAGCUAAGCUACCUCGUGGUUUUGAGGAGAGAACAAAAGGCCGUGUAGUGGUUUGUAGGGUACCUCAACUCAAGAUACUGGCUCAUGACUCGGUGAGUGGGUUCUUGACACACUAUGGGUGGGGUUCUGUUAUAGAGGGACUACAACUUGGGCGUUCAUUGAUAACGCUGCCAUUCACAGCAGAACAAGGGUUGAAUGCUAGGGUUUUGGGGAAAGAAAACGUGGGAAUAGAAAUACCAAGAGAUGACUCAGACGGGUCGUUUACAAGGCACUCGGUGGCCGACCCAGUGAGGUUGAUAAUGGUGGAAGAGGAAAGGAAAAGUUCAAAGGGAGAAAGCAAAAGAGAUGAGUGUGGUAUGUGGUGA